AUACUGAUGCUUCGCUUCGUUAUAACUAGUUGAAGUAGAAGACCUUAACUGAUAGCAUAGUCAUAUUAUCAACUCCGUUAACUUGCAUUAAACCCAUUAUUAGCUUGUGAUUAAGAAUGCUGUGGCCUUGUUGCUUGCUAAUUCUUACUCUUAAUUUAGCAUUAGCUGUCCUUUCUGCUGAUAAUUAUAGCAGGGAGGACUUCCCUCCUGUCUUUGUUUUUGGUGCUGCUACCUCUGCUUAUCAGGUGGAAGGAGCCGCACAUGAGGAUGGGAGGAGUCCCAGCGUUUGGGAUACCUUUUCUCAUGGAGGUGGAGAUGUGGCGGUUGAUGAGUAUCACAGAUACAAGGAAGAUGUCCAACUUAUGGCUGAAACUGGGUUACAGGCCUAUAGAUUUUCCAUCUCAUGGCCAAGGCUUAUCCCAAAUGGAAGAGGACCUGUCAAUCCAAAGGGUUUACAGUAUUACAAUAACCUCAUCAAUGAACUUAUUAGCCAUGGCAUCCAAGCUCUUGUUUCGUUAUACAAUUAUGAUCAUCCACAAUCACUUGAAGAUGAAUAUGGAGGAUGGAUUAGCAGAAACAUUGUGAGAGACUUCACAGCUUAUGCAGACGUGUGCUUCAGAGAAUUUGGUGAUAGGGUUUCAUCUUGGUCAACUAUAAAUGAACCCAAUAUCUUUGCAUUUGGAGGUUAUGACCAGGGAAUGCUGCCGCCAUGACGAUGUUCUUAUCCAUUUGGAUUUAGGAAUUGCUCCAAAGGUGACUCCUCCACUGAGCCAUACUUGGCAGCUCACAAUAUGUUGUUGGCACAUUCAUCAACUGUCAGAUUGUACAAGAAUAAAUAUCAGAGCAAGCAAAAUGGAGUUAUAGGAAUCACCCUCUAUGCCUUUUGGCUACUCCCUCUAACUAACUCAACAGAGGAUGUAACUGCUGCACAAAGAGCCAGAGACUUCUUUUUGGGUUGGUUUGUAAAUCCCUUGGUGUUUGGAGACUAUCCUGAAAUAAUGAAAAAUAAUGCAGGUUUAAGACUUCCAGUCCUUUCCAAUGAAGAAUCCAAAUUGGUUAAGGGAGCAUUUGACUUCAUAGGACUGAUACAUUACUAUACAGUUUACAUUAAGGAUAACUCCAAAAGUCUGAAAUUGGAGAAUAGAGAUUAUAGUGCAGACAUGGCAGUAGCUAUCUUUUUCGACCAAGAUGAAGAUGUUCCAUUCGUAUUAUUCCCGCAAGAGUAUCCUCGAAGGCCUUGGGGUUUGCAAGGAUUAUUGGAGUAUUUUAAGCAAGCCUAUGGCAAUCCUCCAAUUUACAUCCACGAAAAUGGGCAAGUGGGCCGGCAUAAUAUGUCAUUGGAAGACACAUCAAGAGUGGAAUAUCUUCAUGCUUAUAUUGGGGGUUUGCUUGACGCAAUCAGGAAUGGAUCGGAUACAAGAGGGUAUUUUGUAUGGUCCUUUUUAGAUGUUUUCGAGUUAUUGGAUGGCAAAGGAUCUAGCUAUGGCCUGUAUUUCGUAGAUUUGGACGAUCCAAGCCUGACAAGACUACCCAAGAAAUCUGCACGUUGGUACUCCACCUUUUUGAAAGGAGGAAGAGUCGGCUCACACGGAACUAUUGAACUUGAGAAAACACUAGACGCACUUGUUUCAGAAGGUUAAAAUGUCUUGGUGCAUUGCUUUACGAGCAGAUCGAAAUGUAACGCUAUAAACAACUUCUCUACAAGAUCUAAUGUUAUAGGUCUAUAUGGUGUUUAAUUUGUGGGAAGUAUGAUAUCAGCUUUCUUGAGAGCCUAUAUGAUAAUAUCGGCUGGUGUUGGGCAGCUCAGAAAACUCCCUGUUCAUGAAA